AUGACCCAUUUGGCACCUGCCACCCUCAUUUCUGUGCACCCCCCUGGCUGUCUGUGCACACCCCGAUUGUCUUUGCACCCCCCUGGUUGUCUUUGCACCCCCCUGGUUGCCUGUGCACACCCGUUGUGCCGUGCACACCCCGAUUAUCCGGGCACACCCACGGUGCCAUGCGCACCCCGAUCGUCCGUGCGCACCCCGAUUGCGCACCCCAUUGAGGGUGUCCCAGUUCUGGGUGUCUGUGCACAACCUCACCCCCGUGCACACCCUGAUUGUCUGUGCACACCCACAGUGCUGUGCACACCCCGAUUGUCUUUGCACACCCCUGGUUGCCUGUGCACACCCGCCGUGCCACGCACACCCAGAUUAUCCACGCGCACCCACACCGCCGUGCGCACCCCCAUCAUCCACGCACCCCCCAAUUCUCCUUGCACACCCGCACCCCUGGGCGCACCCCGAGUGUCCGUGCACACCCCUGGUUGUCCACACCCCCCCCUGGUUGUCUGUGCACACCCGUUGUGCCGUGCACACCCUGAUUAUCCGGGCACACCCGCGGUGCCAUGCGCACCCCGAUCGUCCGUGCGCACCCCGAUUGCGCACCCCAUUGAGGGUGUCCCAGUUGAGGGUGUCCCAGUUCUGGGUGUCCGUGCACAACCUCACCCCCGUGCACACCCUGAUUGUCUGUGCACACCCACAGUGCUGUGCACACCCCGAUUGUCUUUGCACACCCCUGGCUGUCUGUGCACACCCACCGUGCCACACACCCCCCGAUUAUCCACGCACACCCACACCUCCGUGCGCACCUUCAUCAUCCACGCACACCCCGAUUCCCCUUGCACACCCGCACCCCUGGGCGCACCCCGAGUGUCCGUGCGCACCCCUGGUUGUCCACACACCCCCCUGGUUGUCUGUGCACACCCGUUGUGCCGUGCACACCCCGAUUAUCCGGGCACACCCGUGGUGCCAUGCGCACCCCGAUCGUCCCUGCGCACCCCGAUUGCGCACCCCAUUGAGGGUGUCCCAGUUGAGGGUGUCUGUGCACACCCUCACCACCGUGCACACCCUGAUUGUCUGUGCACACCCACAGUGCCACGCACACCCUGAUUAUCUGUGCACACCCUGAUUGUCUGUGCACACCCGCCGUGCUGUGCACACCCUGGUUGUCCGUGCACGCCCGCUGCGCCGUGCCCAGCCACCUCCAGGCGGUUCCCACCACGCACAAUUUUGGCAGCCCCGCAGGGAGGAGAGGUGUGGAGGAGCUGAAAGGCAGCUCCAGCAGCUCUGGCACCUCGCGGGCUGCUCUCAGCGAGGAGCACUUUGAGAUUGCGAUCGCUGGCAGCAGCAGGGGCUCUGAGGAACCUCUUCCACCCCCGGGUUUUGCUGACUUCGCAAGACAGAACUUGCUAUCAGGAGGCUGCCCAGGGCCUGGCAUGUUUGAAUGUUAUUUGCAUGCUGUGUUUAGUGGCUUGCCCGCCGCCGUGAUAUCUUGAAAAUGAAACAGAUUCACCUUCUCAAAGCGAAACCCUUGCUGCUGCCGAACUAAUUUGACUCGGCAGCGGUGAAAGGCUGGAGUCGUUCCCAUGGGAGAUUCUGGGGCCGUGCUGCAUCUGGGAGCCGGGGCUCGCUGCGAUCCCAGGGCCCUGCUUCUGCUUUUUUGGAUGUUUUCAGCUCGCCCGGGAUUUGUGGUGGCAGGUUUCGGUGUGAGGAUGCAGGAGCUUCCCACUCCUGGCCGGGAGCAGCUCGGUCGCGCCGCGUGAAGCCUCGCUCCAAGCCUCCCACCCGGGUGCUGCGGGGACCUUGGGGACCUCGGGGACCUCAGGCUGGGCACAGCCCAGGUCCUGCUGAGGAUUCUUGCUCCGUUUAGGCAGGAAGAGUUCCUUAUCUCCGACGAGGCAUUUGAGGAAGUCCCCAAGCCCUGCGCAGAGCCCGGAGCGCGGCGCCGAGCCGGGCAUGGGCUGCGGGGUGGCAGCGCUCUCCCCACCCACGGCACGGAGCUGAGCCCAGGUACA